ACAUGUGAUAUAUUAUCUUUUUUUUUACAUGCGCAAAUUUUUGGAGAAAACAGAUCAACCUUGGUAUUUCUUUCAAGUUAUUUAAAAAAAGGGUUGUAUAAGACAUGUCACAAACUCAGUUUGUUCUUGGUGUUCCUCCGCCAACGUGGAACGACGGUGAAGAAUUUCGAAUUCAUUGUGGAAUUUCCGAUGGCUUGACUCGUAAUAUUGAGCCAAUUGGUAACCAAUUCCUUGCAUAUGUCCGUCGAAAGUUGAAUAAUUACUCUUUUUCCGAUGACGAACGUAUUCAGGCAGAAGCUGCGACGGAACAAGCUGAAGAAAUUAUUUUAGAGGAUUCUGAAGAAGAAACUUCAGAAUUAUUAAAUAGAGAUCCAAAAGAUUGGAAGGAACAAGAUCACUACGCAGUAUUGGGUCUCUCUAAAUAUAGGUGGAAAGCUACAGAAGAGCAAAUAAAACAUGCGCAUCGGAGGAAGGUUUUAAAGCAUCAUCCGGAUAAAAAGGCCUCUAGUGGGGAUACGAAUGAUGAUGCUUUCUUCAAAUGCAUACAAAAAGCUCAUGAAGUUCUUUCCGAUCCCGUCAAACGUCGUCAAUUUGAUUCAGUGGAUGAUGCCAUUGAUGAUGAAGUACCAAGUUCAAAAGCUAAGGGUGACUUUUUUAAGACAUAUGGUCCUAUAUUUGAACGUGAAGCGAGGUUUUCUAAUAAAACUCCAGUCCCCAUGCUGGGUGAUAUAAAUACAUCCAAACCAGAAGUUGAAGCGUUUUAUGAUUUUUGGUAUAAUUUUGAUUCUUGGCGUUCUUUUGAAUAUCUUGAUAAAGAAGAUACUGAUAGUACAGACAACCGUGAUGAUAAACGAUACAUUGAAAAGAAAAAUAAAGCCGAAAGAGCAAAACGCAAAAAAGAAGAUAAUAUUAGACGAGGAAAACUUAUUGAUCAGGCGUUGUCAUUAGAUCCACGUAUUCUAAAAUUUAAACAAGAGGAGAAAGCAGCAAAAGAGGCAAAGAAAAGAGAGAAAGAAGAUGCUGCAAAACGGGCCGAAGAAGAAACGAGAAAGGUAUUGUUGAUAAAACAUUUUCCCUUACAUUAUUUUUCUAGCUCUUUUCAUUCAAGAUUGGUAGCACAAAUGCUUCUAUAACGGGUUAGAAUGAUCUAUCCGUUUUAUUAGUUUAUUCUAUCUGAUUUUGUAUGUUAGUGAUCUUUAACAGUAUAUCUCUGCAUUGUCGGUUUUUGUUUACAAUGUAUAUACACAAGAUGUAUUUAAUAUUGAUAAACACUAUUUGAGAGUAUAUCGCAAUGCAAAGUUCUAAAUUUAGAAAAAGAAUUCAUGAUGGAAUAGAAGAUUAAUUAUCCAACAUAAUUAUAUUUUCGUUUCUAAAGGCUGCAGAGGAAGAGAAACAAAGGAAAGAGAUGGCUGAAGCUGAAGCAAAACAAAAGCAAGCCGAGGAAAAGAAGGAAAAGACAGCGAAGAAGA